CUUUAAAUUGUAACCAACUUUGUGGCCUAGCAUGUUCCAUCACGAACAAAAUAAACAACUUACAUGAAGGAAAACCAACUUUCAUGUUAAAAGGAAAAAAGAAAAGUGACAACACAUAUGCAAAAGCAAUCUUUAUGAUAUGCAAUGUAACUACUGUUUCUAAGCAUGAUAAACAUCAAUCAUUCCCUUUGGUCCCUCCGAUCAUCCUUUCCAGACAACAACAACACCUAAACCUAACCAUUUCAUUCCAACACACUCACACACACACAUUCUCCGAUCAUAUGGACGAAUCAUGGCGGAUCCGGAUGGGAGCAACGGCAGCGGCAGCAAAGCAGCCUAACAACCUCCCGCCGCGACGGUCGCCGGAGAACACAAACCGGAACAACGGCGGUUACGGUUACAGUUACGAAACCUUAGAUCCUGAGGAUUUUGACGAUGUGUUCGGCGGACCACCGCGGAGUGUGCUUGCUCGGCAGUUCUCCGGUGACGGAAGCUUUGCGAGGCCUACGAGUCUAGUGUUUGAAGAUAUUUUUCGGAAACCGAACCGGUGUACGGAUCGGACGUUGCCGGAGUUUAGGAUACCGGAGAGUAAAACAGGAGGACGGUUGAAUGAAGAGGAGUUUUACAGUGAUAUAUUUGGUAAUUCAAGGAUGUCGAGGUCGAGAUCUAUAUCGCAGACGAAUUCGAAUUCAAAAUCCAAGUCGAAUUCAUCCUCGAUUUUGAGUUCGGAGGAGUUGAGUCCGUUCCGGCCGGCGGUGGUUGAUAGCGACGACGUCGUUUUCUCUUCUUUUGCCGCCAAGCUCAGGCCAAUAAAUGUGUCAUCUAAAUGGAACACAUCAAAGAAGAUGCAUGAAGUACAACAAAUGGCAGAUUCACCUUGUAAUUUUGAGUCCUUUGAGAGUGACUAUCUACACAAAUUCAAAGGCUGUUAUUCCAGCUUUUCACAAAGGGUUUCAUCCCCUGAAGUUACUACUUUUAGACCUAAUUCAUAUGCAAGUGUCAAGGAGUCAAGGGAGGAUCUGCAAGUCAACUCUCCGGCAUCGAUAGUUUCCUCAUUAAAUCAGGAUGAAACAAGCACACUCCAUGAAGAAGAAGAUGAUGAUGAUGAAGUUAUGAGCUCCUAUGUAAUUGAAAUAAAUCCUAGUAAAAGUAAGGAAAAAGUUGGUGAAUCGCAUGGCGUUGAUGAAGCAAUUGCUUGGGCUAAACAAAAGUGCAAAGCGCGUAAUUUAGAGGACUGUAACGAAAGAGAAGAUGAUGGACAUGAGUGUCCUGCAGUAGAAGAAAUGGCGGGCGUAAAGGACGUCCCUGAAGUGCAAAUAGGCAGACAUGGAUCAAGAGAAUCAUCUUCGCCGGAUAAGCAAAAGGUAUGGACAACAGAAGAACCUUUACAAGAACCGGAAAAAGAUGCAAGCCCAUCUAAACAGAUGGAACUGGAAUUACUGGAUGAGGAUAUAAAGUUGUGGUCAGAUGGAAAAGAACAAAACAUCCGAUUGCUUCUAUCGACACUACAUCAUAUUCUAUGGCCAAGUAGUGGCUGGAUCAUGAUACCUUUAACAAACCUCAAAGACAGCACAAAUGUUAAAAAAGCUUAUCAGAAAGCGCGAUUAUGCCUGCACCCUGACAAAUUGCAACAAAGAGGCGCCACUAUUCCACAAAAAUAUGUUGCUGAGAAGGCAUUUCCAAUCUUACAGGAUGCAUGGGCUGCUUUUAUAUCCCAAGAUGUUUGUUCGUCUAUAAAAUGACAGAAUGAAAAACAGACGCGAGAAUUCACAGACAUGUUUAUAUCUAAAGGAAAAAAACAGAGCUUCGGAAAUGACACCAUUAGCGGCGUUGGUGUGUUUUUGGUGGACGACGAUGGUAAAUGCAGAAGAUAUAGAAAAAAAAAACAGAGUGUUCGCUUGUAUUAAGUGAGGAUUCUGACAUGUUAAUUAUACUUUUUGUGGCUUUCUUUCUUUUUUUUUUUUUUUGACUGUGAGAGUGUUGUAUGGUGUUUAGUGAGACUAGUAAUUGAAAUAAAUGUGAGUGAUUUUGUAAUUCAUUGUAUAAAAUUGUUGGCUUUUGAUUUCAGAAA